AUGGCUGCCCUUCGCAACAGUGAGGCUCGGCAGCUCAACGACAUCGAGCACUUGCGACGCGAGCACGUCCAGGGGGCGGAGGAGGCAGCGAGCCUUCGCACCCUCCUGAAGAUGCAGAACGAGGUUUGGUCCCGGAACAUGGACGAGAUGGAGAGCGAGAAGCAAGUGGCUGCCGAGCGUUCGGAGGAGGUUCACGAACUGAAGGCGAAGGCAGAGGUCCUCUCAGAGAAGUCCGAGGCGCUCACCACGAAAAACCAGGAGCUGUCCGAGUCCCUCACUCGCUCGCAGAAGGAUGUCGCAGAGCAGAUAAAGCGUGGCAGACACUGGUGGACACGCUCCAAGACGCUUACAGAUGAGUUGCAGGCGAAGGAAGCUGAGAUGGCUCGCCAGGACAAGACUCACAAGGAGAUGAAG